AUGAACAAAUUUUUUGAUAUUGUGCUCAAGAAUGUUGCAAUUUCUAUUGAUAAAGAAAAAAGAAGAGAUUGGAAAGGAUUUUAUGCACGUUCAACACAUCCAGAACAUGAAAUAAAAAAUUACUUAAUUGAUAACAUUCAUAAAAUUUGCCCGGGGUUUAAAUACCUUGUGGAUUUCGAAUGGGAAAUUGAAGAGGGUCAUCCUAACAAAGGAAAAGGAGAUUUGAUUUUUGGAUCAGAUUACAAAACUUAUUUGACAAUUGAAACUAAAUCUCUUCAUACAGGAAGUGGCAAGACUGCUCAAGUUUCUAGACAUAAUGCUAGACGUAGAGUUAAAGAGCAAGCUGAAAGAUAUAACGAAUUUGCUACUAAAAGAUUUGGAGUAGAAGUUGUUGAUGUGAUUGGAGCUACAUUCACCAAUGAAGAUUAUCGAAUUCAUUUUCUUGAUGAUAAUGAUAAAAGAAUUGCCAGAUCGGUUGCAAAAGGUGAGAAAGAUUCAAUCUUUAAAGAAAAAAAAUGUCAUAUAUAA